CACCGGAGCGGGGUCACGUGACGGGCGGCUGGCGGCGCCCCCCGGUGUCCGCCGCCGUGGCCGGGCGCUCCGUGGCGGCCCCGCGCCCCCCUGGCGCCAUGCGGGCCCGCAGGGCCGGGCCGGGCUGAGCACAGCCCAGCGGCGGCGCGGCUCCAGCUGAGGUCGGCUGCCCCCGGCCCGACGAUGCCGUCCAACAAAUCCGUGUCGGACGCGCCCAUCGCCCAGUUCACCAACUGCCGCAUCCUGCGGGACCGCCGGCUGCAGCGGGAGGACCUGUGGGUGCGGGAGGGGAAGAUCCUCAACCCGGAGAAACUCUUCUUCGACGAGAAGGGCUCUGCUGACAUCCAGCUGGACUGCAAGGGCAGCAUCAUCGCCCCAGGUUUCAUCGAUGUGCAGAUCAAUGGAGGCUUUGGGGUGGACUUCUCCAUGGCUACAGAUGACUUCAAAUCAGGGAUUGACCUGGUCAGUCAGAAAAUACUCUCCCAUGGAGUGACCUCCUUCUGUCCCACUUUGGUGACUUCUCCUCCAUCUGUGUACCACCAGGUUCUCCCUCAGAUCAAUGUAAGAAAUGGUGGAGCCCAUGGAGCAGGUAUUCUGGGGGCCCACCUGGAAGGACCGUUCAUCAGCAAGGAGAAGAAGGGGGCACACCCAGAGCACUGCAUCCGCACCUUCGAGGCAGGUGCCUUCCAGGACCUGCUUGCCACCUACGGGUCCCUGGACUGUGUCCGGAUAGUCACCCUGGCCCCGGAGAUAAAGAGGAGCAGCGAGGUGAUCCGGGAGCUCACCAAGCGGGGCAUCUGUGUCUCGCUCGGUCACUCGGUGGCAAAUCUUUCCCAGGCUGAGGAGGCUGUGCAGCAUGGUGCUACCUUCAUCACGCACCUCUUCAAUGCCAUGUUGCCGUUCCACCAUCGUGACCCUGGGAUCGUGGGUCUGCUGACGAGUGACAAGAUUCCUGCUGGGCGGAGGGUCUUCUAUGGCAUGAUCUCUGAUGGCAUCCACACCAACCCUGCUGCCCUGCGAAUCGCCCACCGAGCCCACCCCACAGGCCUGGUGCUGGUGACGGAUGCUAUCGCUGGCAUGGGGCUGGCACCAGGUCGGCACACCCUGGGCCAGCAGGUGGUGGAGAUCGAUGGGCUGAACACCUACAUUGCGGGCACGAAGACCCUGAGCGGUAGUGUAGCGACCAUGGACGCGUGUGUGCGACACUUCCUAGAAGCCACAGGGUGCUCAGUAGAGACUGCAUUGGAGGCGGCAUCUCUGCAUCCUGCCCAGCUCCUGGGGAUUGAGCACAAAAAGGGGACCCUGGAUUACGACUCUGAUGCAGAUUUCCUGAUGCUGAAUGACAGCCUGUAUGUGCAAGCCACGUACAUCGCGGGCGAGGAAGUCUGGAGACAGGAUGUGUUAGGCAUGUGAUGCUGGGCUGUCCUGGUGCCCUCCCGAGGCUCCCUGGCACUGUGAUUAGCAGCUUUGGUAACCACCCCCCCACUUCUCUUCUUUUUUUUUUUUUUUUUCCUUCCUUCCUUCCUGCAACUCCCCUAAAGGAGCCUCAUACCAAAGAGCUGUGUUUUCCAGCACAACCACUGCUUCCAGUUACA